AGCUUGCGGUGAAGUGAGGCUGGUCUUCCUUUCAUUUAAUAGUUCCUGUAAAGUGUUAACAAUACGUUCAUCACUUUUUGAUCUUACCGAGGAGUCAGUUAUACUGCUCAAAACAGAUCUAAGAAAUGCCAGAAAACAUUUAUGAAAAUUCUACAGAUCUGAGUAGAACCUGCAAUGACAAGACACAGGUGUCUCGUGAAAUAGGUACUCGGCGUAUACAAGGUUGUGGAACAAAGGUCUUCUACAUUUUAAUCGUAAUCUUGGUUAUACUUUUGGCGUGCGUUGUGAUAUUAGGAAUCAUGAUAAGUAAAAGGCAAACCUGCAAUAAUGAUCAGAAGUGUAUCCAACGGUGCUACGUGUUCUCAGAUGAACGCAAAAACUGGACUGAUGCUAAACAUGCAUGUGAGAAAGACAACUUUCAUCUGGUAGUAAUCAAUUCUAAGCAGGAACAAGAUGUGUUUGUCAACAUGAAUACUUUGAAUUAUUGGAUUGGCUUGACAGACCAAGAAGAAGAAGGGACAUGGCAAUGGGUGGAUGGAACAAGCUAUAAAGACGGAGUAAAAUUUUGGCAUAAAGAUAACCCAAGUGAUUCUCAUAAGAAUGAAGACUGUGCAGAGUUACAUCAUGAUGAUGAUAAGACUCUUUGGAAUGACAAUGACUGCACCAAAAAACAGAAGUGGAUUUGUGAAAAGUCUGACUGCUGAGUAAUAACACCACCUAUGAUCUAUAGCAACAAGAUAACUCCAUGAAUGCAUUUGAACUUUAAUUUCAUGUUUGGACUAACAUCUUUCAUACUUUUUCAAAAACAGCUUUAGAGCAAGAUUUUUAAUGUAAGCUUUCCAACAAAAAUGAAAUAUCCUUCUAAACAGCAAGUAGUAUAUUUUUGUCUGUAAAGUAAACCAGCAUUCAUCAAUAAUCCUUAAUGGCUGUAAUCUUUCAAUGUUUGCCAUUUAUAUGCUUAAUGAUAUCAUUACUAGCCAAACUAUUCAGUGAGGUUUAUGAAAAGUAUUGCAUGGUGUAAGUCAUUUUAAGCCUCUGAGAUGUUCUUGUACUGUGCUAUACUGUAAGUAAAGGUAAUCUAUAGUUAAUUAAACCUUAUACCUCCUAUCAGUAAGGUUUAGCAAAAAUCUGUGUAAGAAAUGAGCACUAGAGGUUUGUAAGCAUUUAUGUAUAGAGCAACAGAAUGGUAAUGUACCUUUGAACUUUCAAUAGUUUGCCACUGCUGAAAUCAUAAAACAGAAGACUUCCAUGUUGAGAGGAUAAUAUUUGUAUCAAUUAAUGCUGGACAGUUAACUAAUACCACCUUGUGCAUCAUAGAUGCCUCUCACACACUUUAGCGUCACAGUUCUACUGGUGUUUACUGGUCCAGGUAGAAGGAGAUGUUGUAAAACGCUUUUCCUGCAGACAUUGUUUUAGUAUGUGGCUCAUCUCUGGGAGCAACAAGGCAUUAUACCAUGCUGUAUAUGUCAAAAAGCUAUACUAACGUAAACCACAUGUUAAAUAUCUGCAUAAGCAGCAUAUCCAUAGAAUGUACUAGUAUGUAGCCUGUACACAUACCAUAAGUAAGUUACCUGGGCACCAAUAACAGUACAGGUAGAACACUUGGAGCUGUCAGUGGGCAGUGGCCAGUGCAUAUCAGAGUGGUGAUUUGAUGUCCCUGGAUAACAUGUAAGAAUCAUAAAAACACAAAAAGUAAAUAUGGCUGACCCUGCAGAAUCUACACACCUACAUGUAUAUAGGUGAUAGGAUGGUAUGACCCCGAAUUAUAAAUAUUACUUUAAUAUUCAGAAGGAAGGAAGGAGGGUGUUGUCUAAUCAGUGAAUCUUAUUAUAUAGGCAAUUUUAUUGGAUUAAUAUCCUGGAAAGCUACCAUCUAUUUUUGGAUUGGCUGGUGGGAAUGUUUUUUUUUUUUUUAGUAUGUAGGUAAUCAUGUGUUAAACUAUGCAAUAUCUAUUACUAUAUAGGCAAUGUGGAGUCAGAUGCCCUAAUGGAUAUUAUUAUUUAGGUAGUGUAAGUGACAAGAGAGCAUAGAAAAUUAAUGCGUAGUACACAGACUAAGUUACGGUAGUGGGGCACACCUAGACAAUCACUAUUACUAUAUGGAUAAUAUAAGGGAAAGCGGAGCCUUAGUAAUGACUGUGUAAUUUGUGGAUUCGAAGGUGAAAAUAACAACUUCUACACAAUGGGCAUUGCAUGACAUGAGGGGAAGGAUACCCUAGACUUGUGCAUUACAAACAACUAUUUAACCAGAAUAAUAUACUAUGUGCCAUAAUAGCCUUGUGAACUAUUCUAACUUUUUUUGUCUAGAAAGAGUGUAAAAAACUAGUGCCUUUCCACCAAACAAUAUAUUAAUGUGUUCAUGACUUGGUCAACUUACAAAAUAAAAUGCAAUCUGCAGAGGUUAUUAGUACCGAAGCAUGCCAUGUCAGUAAUUUUUUGAACACCACUGAGUAUUUUUCAAGAUUUUGUGUAAAAAACCUGCUUUGUAAAUAUGCAUUCUAUGCAUAUUUCAUUUGCAUGCCUUCUGAAAUAUACAAACAGUUAUUGCUAAUAUUGCUAGCCUUGCUUGCUGAAGAAGGGAAAUGUCUGGAUUCAAAAUCAUUUAUUCAUUUCUCAUCUUACUAGUCACUAGAUUUUAACAAGUUUAAGACCUUAUGCAUUUAAAUGUCUUCUAUUUUACAAAGAGCAAUAAAAUUACCAUCUAAGUUACUCAA